AUCACAAGCGACGACUAAUUGUUGGCCAAUCGGCGUUAGAGUUUAAGUCUUAUCAACUAGGACCAGAUAUACUGCUGUCACUCAGUUGCUCAGCAGGACUGCUGGAGGCAAAGAUCUCUGUGCAGCUUGGAUUUUGAGUAUUAAGCAGUGAGAGAGAACAAUGAGGCUGUCGGUACAUGUUGUGAGCAUUAUGCUCCACUUUCUUCUCGAUGCCAGUUUGAGCACAGAAUCAACAGCUCCCACUAUUACUGAAUCACCCAUCGCGAAUUCGGUUGUGCUAGAGUCUGUUAGUCGUAGUACGACUACGAGAGGAGGGAUGCAGUGUCUGCAGGGUCUGCCAGGGCGUGAUGGCGUUCAAGGCAACCCAGGCGUUCCAGGAUUUAAUGGUCGAAACGGUUUGCCUGGCUCAUUAGGAAACAAGGGAGAAAAAGGAGACUGUGAUGAUCGCAGAGGUGCGACUGGUGCCAAAGGAGACAAGGGUGAUGAUGGGGUUAAGGGAGAGAGAGGAUUGACAGGAUCACAAGGCCCGCAAGGCAAAGCUGGAAAUGUUGAAGCUCAGUUUGGCACGUCAAUCAUUAACUGGAAUCAAUGCUCAUUUCAAAAUUGGCGUGAUGGCAAAGAUCAUGGAGUUUUGAAGGAAUGCACAAUUCAAAAAUUUUCCGAUGAAACUUCACUUCGUCUUACUUGGAGUGGCAACAUUCGUCUUACAGGCUGCACAAGUUGUUGCAUGCGUUGGUAUUUCACAGUGAAUGGAUUAGAGUGUAACAAUCCAGUUGAUGGAAAUAUUUACCAGCAGCAGAAUCUCAAUAUUUAUCGUAUCAGCACAUUUAGUGGCUACUGCAGACAUGUUGGAGGAUUGCCUCUAUUUUCGGGAGAACAAAAAGUGCAGUUGAAUGUAGGUCACUGCACUGGAUGGAGCUCAUCUACUGUCUAUGAUGCGUAUACAGGUCGUUAUUCAACCAGUCGCAUCAUAAUAGAAGAGAUAGCACCAGUGAUGACUCGGCCUUCUCUGCCUCCUGCUAGUCAUACAGCACAUAUCUACCAACCCAACUGGAAGCAAUGCACAUGGAACUCGAAGAACUUUGGUGGAAAUUUUGGAUAUUUUGGUCAUUGCACAUUCAGAAAGAUGUAUGAUGACACCUGGCUUAAGAUAACAUAUGACGGAAAUCUGUAUAACUACCGUUAUACCUCUGGAACAUGGUUCUUUUCAAUUGAUGGAAGUGAAUGUACAGUACCAGACAAGAUAAAUGCACAAUUUUAUCAGGGCAGUACGUUUGACUAUCGUUUUCCUGCUACUAUCACUGGCUACUGCAAGAACUCAGGAGGACGGCAAAUCAAGAAAGGCUUGCACAACAUCAUUUUCAGUAUUCAUAAAGGUGGUGAUGGUUACUCAACAUUGACAUGCUGGAACUCAGUCUGCAGAAUUGUUAUUGAAGAAGUUCCUCCACCAGCCAAUGCUGGUUCAAACCAGAAGACUGGAGAAGCUGCAAUUGCGUACAAUCCUCGAUGGCAGCAAUAUUCUUGGUGGUGUUUUACUGAUGGCAGAGACAACGGUUUGAUUAAAGAAGUGAUAUUCACAAAGGAACAAAAUGAAACUUCACUUCGAGUAACUUGGAAUGGAAACUUACGUCUUUAUGGAUGUACAUCUUGCUGCAGACGUUGGUAUUUUACAAUUGAUGGUGUAGAGUGCAGUGCUCCUCAACGCAUUGAAGGGAUUGUGUAUCAGAGCAACAAUAUAAAUCUACAUAAAACAGCUACUAUAGAUGGUAUCUGUAUGUCUGCUCUACGAAGUGGCAGUUACACUCUUGACUCUGGACCUCGAAGAAUCCAGUUCAGAGUUGGUAAAUGUAGUGGCCAUUCUACCACUCGUGAUGCUUAUACUGGAUAUUGGAAUACUGUUUCACGUAUUACUGUUGAAGAAUUGCCUCUAUCCAAGGCAGUAGUUCCAGCUAACAGCAUUGGCUUCAUUCCAAACUACAAACAAUGUGCUUACGGACCUCUCAAUGAUGGCAAAGAUCAUGGCGUAAUCAUUGAAUGUCCAUUUGUUAAGAGAGAGACAAGAAACUACCUUCGUCUGACAUUUGAAGGGUCAAUGCGUCUGUCUAGUUGCAGUGGCUGUUGCAUGCGUUGGUAUUUCACUGUGGAUGGUGCAGAAUGCACUGUACCAGCAGCUAUAGAUUCAGUCGUGUACAUUGGCAAUUCCUACUAUCACCACAGACAAGGAACAGUGAGUGGUUUAUGUGGAGGAAUUGGAAGUCAAGCGAGAACACUGGACAAAGGGCGGAGAGUCGUACAACUUCGAGUGGGCAGAUGCAAUGGCUAUAGCACAUAUGAUGCUUAUACCGGCUACUACUCUUCGUCCAGAGUCAUUGUUGAGGAACUACCUCCUCCACAACCGUAACACACGUAUCUACCUGUUAUCCUCGCCACGCUGUUGUCGCAGAUUUCGCUAACUGGUUUCACAGUUUCAGUAGUAAGAGCUACAUGGUUUGCAACUGAAUGUGCGUGUAUUACUUUGAUGUGCCCAUCUGUUCAAAUACCCUUAUCUACAUAGUGAUUACUUGUACAUUUAUCAUAGCAAUUAAACGGUGAGUCUGACUGUCAAACACAA